AUCAACAUAAGACAGUUAAUAAAAUUUAAUCAGUCCCAGUUUAGAUAUUUCGGACACACAGAGAAGAACAGAAUUUCGAAAAACACUUGUAGUCUACAUAGUCGCAACAUAAGGGGUCCCUAUGUUGCGACUAGGCUAUUGUAGUCGCAGGUUAAUUCACUAGGUUUCACUGGCAGACUAGUUUGAUAGUCAACAGAUAAAAGAAGACAAUAAUUUAAAAUCAAUUUGAUAUACUGACGACAGCUUUAAUAACUGAAACUGCACCUAAGUGCUACGAAGAACCUACUAUUAUUAAAAUGCCUCUACUAAGACGUCUUUUUGGAGGGGUAGAAACUUUUUUAAAAGAACACCCUUGGAUGGUAUUACUGGGUUAUAAAACUCGUUCUGGGAGAUUCAAGUGGUCCUGUGGAGGCACACUAAUUAGUCAAAGAUAUGUAUUGACAGCGGCGCAUUGUGUAACAGGCGAGAUUGAACAUGUGGUUGGAAAACUUACAUAUGUCAAAUUGGGUUCGCACGACAGAACUAAAGAAAUAAGUUGCGAUAUAACUGGAGCUUGUAAUCAAAAGACUGUCAUAACAGGAAUUGAAAGUUUGUCGUUCCAUGAAAAUUAUAAUGCAAAUGAUAAAACUAGUGGUAAUGACAUAGCAGUUAUAAGGCUUAAUCAAACAGUUGAAUAUUCAACCUAUAUUAGACCUAUAUGUCUUCCUGAACCAUAUGAAGAAUCACAUACUGACGAUCCACUUACAACGGUUGGUUGGGGUCUAACAGAAGAUGGCACCUAUUCCAAAGUCAAACUCAAAAUUGAGCUACCUUUACGCACGAGGGACUAUUGCAUGGAUGCCUUUAAAGAAGUAAAACUUAAUCUUAGUGACUCCCAAAUAUGCGCUGGAGGUGAAUAUGAUAGAGACACUUGUCAAGGUGAUAGUGGAGGUCCUUUGCUUUCGCUAACGGAGAGUCAUAAGCAGUGGUACCAAGAAGGCAUCAUCUCUAUUGGAAAUGCCGAUUGUGGUAUAGAAGGAUUGCCUGGAGUAUAUACAAAAGUUUCAAGUUUCUUAUCAUGGAUUCACAGUCAUGUUAAGGAAUAGUGAUAAUAAAAUAUACAAAACAACAUUUUGAGUUGUUUAAACUGA